GAGCGGAAGUGGGGCGCCGAAGGGUCCUUCCCCCUCCCCCUCUCUCGCUGUCUCCGCCCUCGACUGGAGCAGAGCGAGCCUACUCUCCUGGCUUGGGGGUCAGCGGGGGACGGCGCCGCUGCUGCCACCUCCACCGCUAGCAGUAGCCGGAAACAUGGUGGGCCGGAGCGGCGCGAUCGCCGCCGGCGUGUGCGGGGCCCUCUUCAUCGGCUACUGUAUUUACUUUGACCGCAAGAGACGGAGCGACCCCAACUUCAAGAACAGGCUCCGAGAGCGAAGAAAGAAACAGAAGCUUGCUAAAGAGAGAGCUGGGCUUUCCAAGUUACCUGACCUUAAAGAUGCAGAAGCUGUUCAGAAGUUCUUUCUUGAAGAAAUACAGCUUGGUGAGGAGUUACUAGCCCAAGGUGAAUAUGAAAAGGGUGUUGACCACUUGACAAAUGCCAUUGCUGUAUGUGGGCAGCCACAGCAGUUGUUGCAAGUUUUACAGCAGACUCUUCCAUCACCAGUGUUCCAGAUGCUUCUGACUAAGCUGCCAACAAUUAGCCAGAGAAUUGUGAGUGUACAGAGCUUGGCCGAAGAUGACGUGGAAUGAGAAACAUGUCAACACAAUAAAAUCUUAAUAAAAAUUUUUAAAUAAUUCUUAGCCCAGAAGAUGAGCAGCAAUGGGGGGAAAGGGCAAACAUGCUAGUUAUGGACUAUGUAUUACACUGAAAUCUACCAAAGUGGAUUCUAACUUUGUGUAGGUGGGUUUGCUUGGAUUUUAUUUAUUUAUCUUAGUGAGAAGUGUAUUUUGAUAAAAAAAAAUUCAUUUUAUAAAUACACUAUGAAUUAUCUAAAUAUUACUAAUUUCAUUUGUUACUAAAAUAUGCAGUUGUAAGAUACAUAUGACAUGACACUACUACAUGUUAAAAAAUACCCAGUGCUCAUUUUUGAAAAAUAAAAGUUAAGGCAAUAAAAAGAAUUCUGCACUCCAUGUUAGAGAGCUAAUGGGUGGAUUUGGUUUAUCUUAGUAUAUAUGGUAGUAUAGUAGAAAACUGAUGACUUUUUUUUUAAUUUACCAAAGCUAACAAGCUGUGAAAGUCACUGGAUGUGAAAUAUUUCCUGUUCAUAAAGAUAAUCAUGCAUACAUUUAGGAGAUAUUUUUGGUGUAUAAGACAACAGCUAUCAACAACCAAAAAAAACCCUUGAAAAUUAUUUUAUUUAAAAUAAGCUUAUGAGUCCUGGAUAUUUAUCUUGCAAAUCAGAGUUAUUGGAAAGAGCACUGAACUAGUAACAGUCAAGAAACGUGUUCUAGUUCUGUUCUGCCACUUACAGCUCUGAUUGUGUAGGACAGACUGCUUUAUUGCAGAACUGCUGAAAUCUGAGUUCUUUUCUGCUCUAUGAUUAUCUUCCUCGUCGUCAAAGCCACUUAGUUAUGGUGUAUUUUCCAUACAUGUUUGUCUUACUAGUCACAAAUAUUUACGUAUUCCAAAAUGGUUUCCCUGGCCUAUUACUAUUACCCUGAUGAGUUUUUCUUUUUAAAAAUUAGUGAAGAAAAAUUUUCUGACAGUUGGCUAUCCAAAAGUAGACUAGUAGGUUUAUCUCAGGAAACUGUGAAUUCCCCGUCAUUGGAGGUCUUUAAAUUGGAGACUCUGUGACCUUUUUGGAACUCCUUUUCAGGUAUGUGUUGGAUUAGAUUUCUAAGGUGAAGUCUCUUCCAACCCUGAUACAUUUUAGAGCAAGUAUAUCUUACCCUUUGCUUCCUUGCACUUUUCUCCAUUGUCUUCAUUUGUUUCUCCUCUAUACCUUCAAAUCUUUGUCGUCGUCGUUUUUUUACUUUCUUGAACGUUGAAACACCAGGGUUUGACAUCAUGACAUCAGAGGGGGAUUAGGCUGAUCAAGCUCUUUUUCUAUAGGCAAACCAGUUGGAAAACUAAAGCCUAGCAUCUGGUACAUAUUGGGACAUUCUAGACCAAACACUGUCUUAAGUGUUUCUGAACUAUAGAGUGGCCCCAAUAAUUUGCUAUGACCUGUUUAUAAAACUUUUCAUUAAAAAAGUCAUAUUUUCUCUUCA